GUGGAAAAAAAACUGAACUGUGGGACUUGCUUAGUCAUGCUAAAAACACCCGUCUUACACCUCCUCUGUGUUCCUUCACAGGCAGCCUAAGAAACAGGAUGUUAAUGCUUGACGGAAUGCCUGCAGUCCGAGUCAAAGCUGAGCCCCUGGAAUCGGAACAAGGGUCACCGAAAGUGCGCCCUUACUCUGCGAUGGACAGCGUCCCCUUCUUCCUCAGCAGAGUCAAACCCGAACCCCCCGAGGACCUGCUCGCUCACGACCUCCACUUCCACACGCAGACUGAGCCUGUGGACCUGUCGAUCAACAAGCCCCGCCCCUCCUCCCUGACCGCCACCGCCAUCACCACCUCGUCGUCGUCCCCCCUCAGAUCCGCCUUCUCCCCGUCCUCGUUGUCGUCGUCAUCCUCCUCCUCUCCGUCGGUCAUCACCUCGGCCCCGUCGGUGCUCACGCCAGGCCCCCUGGUCGCCCCUGGCAGCGGGGUGAGGGGACAGCCAUAUUUGCACAUCCUGCAGUCCGUGCCGCCGCCUCCGUCCAGCCCCCUGAGCCUGCAGGGACCGGGGAAAUUGGCCAGCCACGUCCACCGCAUCCCCGUGGUGGUCCAGUCCCUGCCCCUCAUGUACACCACGGCCAUGCGGUCGCCCUCCAGUCUCAACAGUGCUAUCAUGCUACCUCUGAUGGAAGAGGCCAAAAGCCAGGGCAAAGUGCUCACAGACCCCAAUGGCCUGUCGCCGAGGCAGAUCAAAAGUGACAGUGAUGACGACGACCUGCCAAACGUGACCCUGGAUAGCGUUAACGAAACCGGCUCCACGGCGCUCUCUAUAGCCCGCGCUGUACAAGACUCCAUGUCGCCGUUCAGUAUUGAAAGCAUACGACGCCCGCGGAGGUCAGAGUCACCGGAUUCCAAAAAGAGAAGAAUCCACCGAUGUGACUUUGAGGGAUGCAAUAAAGUCUACACCAAAAGCUCACAUUUAAAAGCACACCGGCGGACGCACACAGGGGAAAAGCCAUACAAAUGCACCUGGGACGGUUGCACCUGGAAGUUCGCCCGCUCGGACGAGCUGACGCGGCAUUACCGAAAACACACGGGGGUGAAGCCCUUCAAGUGUGCAGACUGUGACCGCAGCUUCUCCAGAUCCGACCACUUGGCCCUUCACCGGCGGAGGCACCUGCUGGUGUGAACUAGACGCACGGCGAUUAAGAGAGAGGUCAACGGAUCAGACACACACACACACACACACACACUUAAGCACACACAUGCAUACAAACACUUACACACACACACACACACAGGCAGCCAAGGGAGCGGGAUCUCCUUUUGAAUGUUUUUCAGCUGGCCUGGACGCCCACAGUCACUCACCAACAUGCUCACACACACUUUUACACACACACACGCGUGGAAAGGAGGCGCGGACGGAGAAGGCGGACGGACGAGGAUGCACAGAGUUUUGCGGAGCAC